AUGUCUGACAAGACCAGACAGUCCUCCGGUGGCCGGUCUCUCUUCUCGCGAAGUAAGCACAAAGAUAAACGCUUGAAUGAAGAGCCGAGAUACCCCGCAGACGAUGCAGCGAGCUUUCGGUCCUCGCGCCAUAAGCGAGAGUCGUCUGCUAUCUCGUUUGACGGUCGCCCAGAGUCCUCCGACGGCGGUAUCAACCAGAUGGCCGGGGUUAUAACUUCGAUCCCAUACGAUACUAUCGGGGGCGGGUCACGCUCUCCGGUUCCUGUAGAAUACCUACCCAAGGGCGAGCAGAUACCAGUGCGCCGAGAACCUCUCCCACACCACCUCAAUCAAAAUGGCCUAGACUAUCACCAAUAUCCAAGCUGGGACGGGUCAGGCCAGUCUGGGGCCCGUUCUCCAGGGCGCCAGCCUGCUGGUUUCGGUUAUGGCAAUUCAAAUGUUACCAUGGCUUCGACAGGACGCCAGACCCAAUAUCAGCAAUGGGGCCCUGCCAGGGGCAGUUCGUCUCACUCAAAUAAUGCUCCUAACCCCCGAUACGACUCGUUGAUGUCUUCCACUGCUCGAGGCUCAGCUGACAACUUGAGCAUACAGUCAGGUAAUUCGCGCCACGUUCAUACUAUGAUAUCUCGCUCACCAAACACAGCAAUGCCCAGUGCAUCUUCUCAAAGCUCUUAUGCUGCUUCGCAGUACUCAAACCGUGAUUCCCACCGAUUCACCAAGUUUCCCUCGGGACCUCCUCCAGGACAAAGCGAUCCUCAGGGUGGUUUCUACUUCCCGAAACCCGACGAUGAUAAUGUAGUCGAACAAAUGUUUCUUCAACUGAUGCAGAAGCGAGGAUGGCACAACCUCCCUGAGCAGGCCAGGAGGCAGAUGAUGGCCUACCCAGCCCAGAAGAAGUGGACGCUGCUCUAUCAAGAUCGACUCACCGAGUGGCAGGGCGAACAAAAGCGCCGACAAACAGCACGACCGACCCAGUAUACUGCGACCCCCGAUAUCACGACUUAUUCCGACGAGGAAGGCACCCCAGAAUGGUAUGUUCGACGAGUUAUGGAGGACCGACUUGACACGAAGGGCAUGGGAAGUCUGGAGGUAAAUCUAAGGACUCAGCAGAUUGGUUGGGUGAAGAGAUUUGUCGAGUGUCAGGGACAGGUCGCCUUGAUGACCUUGCUGCUUAAGAUCAACCGCAAGACGGCACAGGGACCUGCUCAAGACAGUGGUCGCAUCGAUAGGGGCCUCGACCGCGAGUACGACAUCAUCAAGUGUGUGAAGGCCUUGAUGAACAACAAAUUUGGUGCCGAUGAUGCCUUAAUCCACCAGAAGGUCAUGGUGGCACUCGCCAGCUCGCUCAUUUCUCCUCGACUCACCACACGAAAGCUUGUCAGCGAAAUUAUCACCUUCUUGUGUACAUGGGGAGAAAAUGCCGAAGGCCACUUGAAGGUUAUCCAGGCUCUCGAUGAGGUCAAAGUCGCAUCCGGAGAGAAUGGGCGAUUCGAUGCUUGGAUGCGCUUGGUGGAGGUUACCAUCGAUGGUAGGGGUAAGAUGGGAAGUUUGGUCGGUGCAAGUGAAGAAUUGAGGACUGGUGGUAUUGGAAUGGAGAACUUGCUUAUGGAAUAUGCCGUCGCGACCCUCAUGCUCGUCAACAUGAUAAUCGAUUCGCCCGAGAGAGACUUGGAGUUGAGGAUACACAUUCGAGCUCAGUUUACAGCAUGUGGCAUUAAGCGAAUCUUGACCAAGAUGGAAGAGUUCCAAUACGAACUCCUGGACAAGCAGAUCGAGCGAUUCCGAACAAAUGAGGCCAUCGACUAUGAGGAUAUGUUGGAACGGGAAAACAGCAGCAUCAAGGACGAUGUAGAGGGCGAUGUCAAGGAUCUCACUGAUCCCGUCCAAAUCGCAGAUGCUAUUCAGCAGCGUCUCCAUGGUACCAAGACACAGGAUUACUUCAUUUCAGCUCUGCAGCAUCUUAUGCUCAUCCGUGCCAACGAUGGCGAAGAGCGGCUACGCAUGUUCCAGCUGGUCGAUUCAAUGCUGAGCUACGUUGCUAUGGAUAGGCGAUUGCCGAACAUGGAUCUUAAGCAGAGUCUCAAUUUCACGGUCCAAAGUCUGCUAGACAAGCUGCAUACAGAUUCAGAAGCCAGGCAGGCACAGGAUGAAGCGCUUGAAUCACGACAGAUCGCCGAGGCCGCCAUGGCGGAGCGCGAUGAGAUGAAGGCUCAGUUGGAGCUAGGUGCCGAUGGAUUAGUUGCCAAGUUGCAGAGGCAAUUGGAGGAGCAAGCACGGUUUAUCGAUGCCCAAAGGAGACAGGCCGAUGGACUCAAGGCUGAGUUGGAUAGCAUGCAAACUAUGCGAGCCAAGGAAGCACAGCGAUAUGAGCUGGAGACAAGAGAGCUGUAUCUGAUGCUUCGAGAUGCUCAGGAUGUUGCAGCUUCCAAAGCUAUCAAGAGUGCAAAUGCUUCCAGCAAGACUGCACCUCCCGAGGACCCUGCCCGCAUGCAAGGUAUUCUGGACCGCAACCGUCUCAUGGAGCGGCUGCAGAUGCAGAUCGAGCGACAAAAGACCCAGUACAAGCUUGAGGGACGUGUGUGGGGAGAUGCUGUCGGACCCUCAGAUCGCCUUCGGGCUCUCCGUGAAGAAAUGGAUGACAGGCCCGGAACACCCCCUGGCGGUGGAACGCCUCCCCGAGACUUCACAAACAGUGUAUUGGGCAGCAUUAACCGGAACACGAAGAUCCCUCGCAAGCCUCUUAAGAGACGUUCUGAUGGCGAGGUGAUUGAUGAGGAUGAUGAGACCGAAGGCGAGGAUGGCGUUGUCUACGAGAAGCCCAGAAUCGUCGAAAUGAAGCGACCGACGAUUGACGCUAAGCAACAAGCUGGUCUGCUCGGAGAGAUCGGCUCCAAGGUCAAGAAGUAUGAUGGUAGCGACUCCGAGGACGACACAACCGGUCCUUCACACCCCAGUAUGGAGACUUCGUCACCCAUCACUCCUCCAGGCGAUGGCGAAACACCAAAGAUCGAGGUCACUGCUGCCGGUGCUGCUCCCCCUCCUCCGCCGCCUCCGCCUCCACCACCACCUAUGCCUGGUCAGAUCCUCGGGGCCCCACCACCACCUCCUCCACCACCGCCUCCCCCCAUGCCCGGCCAAAUCCCUGGAGGGCCUCCCCCACCUCCGCCGCCUCCUCCCCUGCCAGGCAUGCUUCCCGGUGGACCUCCUCCGCCUCCUCCACCUCCCCCAAUGCCUGGUGCUGGAGGUAUGCCGCCUCCUCCACCUCCUCCAAUGCCUGGUGCUAUGUCUGGUCACUUUUUGUCGCGACAACCGGCUUUCGGGGCUACCCCAGGCAUUGGUUUACCUGUUGUCCGCCCCAAGAAGAAGCUCAAGGCUUUGCAUUGGGAGAAGGUAGAUGCCCCUGAGACCAGUCACUGGGCGGCACACACCCCUUCUGCUGAAGCUCGAGAGGAGAAGUAUCAGGAGCUCAGCAAGAAAGGUAUUCUUGACGAGGUUGAGAAGCUGUUCAUGGCAAAGGAGAUCAAGAAGAUUGGCAUGGGAGGCUCCUCUAAGAAGGACGACAAGAAGCAAAUCAUUUCUUCUGAUCUCCGUAAAGCUUAUGAAAUCGCUUUUGCCAAGUUUUCACAACACUCUGUUGAGAAGGUCGUUCAGUCGAUCAUCCACUGUGACUCGGAAAUCCUUGACAACGUCGUCGUGAUGGAUUUCUUGCAGAAGGACGAUUUGUGCAACAUUCCUGACAACACAUCUAAGCAACUGGCUCCAUACAGCAAGGACUGGACAGGCCCCGAAGCCAAAUCCCAGACCCGUGAACUCGACCCCUCUGAGCUUACCCGACAAGACCAGCUUUACCUCUACACGGCCUUUGAGCUACACCACUACUGGAAGAGUCGAAUGAGAGCACUUGCUCUCACCAGAAGCUUCGAGCAAGAGUACGAAGAGAUUAACGACAAGAUCAGACAGGUUGUUACAGUGUCUGAGUCGCUACGUGAUUCCGUUUCAUUGAUGAAUGUUCUUGGUCUUAUUUUGGAUAUCGGUAAUUACAUGAACGACGCGAACAAGCAAGCACGUGGUUUCAAGCUUAGUUCCUUGGCACGAUUGGGCAUGGUAAAGGACGACAAGAACGAGUCAACACUGGCCGAUCUCGUGGAGCGUAUUGUUCGAAAUCAAUACCCCGAGUGGGAGACCUUUGCUGAUGAUAUCAACGGCGUUAUGACUGUGCAAAAGAUUAAUAUCGAGCAACUGCAGGCGGAUGCAAAGAGGUACAUCGAUAAUAUUCGGAACAUUCAAAUGUCCCUGGAUUCAGGCAACCUGAGUGACCCCAAGAAGUUCCAUCCCCAGGACCGAGUCAGCCAAGUCGUUCAGCGCAUCAUGAAGGAUGCUAGGCGGAAAUCUGAACAAAUGGAGUUGUACCUGGAAGAAAUGAUGAGAACAUACAAGGACAUCAUGGUAUUCUAUGGUGAGGACCCUGCUGAUGAUGGAGCCCGUCGAGAUUUCUUCGCCAAGUUGGCGCUUUUCGUGGGCGAGUGGAAGAAGUCUCGCGACAAGAACGUACAGGUCGAGGAGACAAGGAGGCGUAACGAGGCAUCGAUGAAACGAAAGCACACGGCGCAGCUCAAGCUUACAAGCAACGCCGCCGAAGCUGGACCAACAUCCCCUUCCAACACUGGUGCCAUGGAUUCCCUCUUGGAGAAACUGCGUGCAGCUGCGCCCCAAGCUCGGGACCAGAGAGACCGAAGAAGGCGAGCGCGACUCAAGGAUCGUCACCAGGUGCGUGUUGCUUCUGGACAAAAGAUCCCGGACAUCGACGAGAUCCCAGAGACAGAGACAGAAGCGAGCCUCAAGGCUGCAGAGGCACCAAGCGAAGACGAUUCAAACGUGCUCAGCCCUGGCCUGUCAUCACCUCGCUCAGGUGGGGAUGAUCUUGCAGAUAGGGCGGCUGCUUUGUUGCAAGGCAUGCGCAGUGGUGACGGCGCAGAUGACGAUGAUCCUGAGAGGAGGGAAACACUUCGCAAAGCGAGACGGCAGACAGCGGAGGAAGAAAGAAGGCUAAGGAGACGGCGGAGGGAUAGGACAGCGACAAACCAGUCGGAAGAGAAUGCGGAGGAGCAGAAAGAAGAACCUAGACCAGAGUCCAAGGGCGGAGAAGAAGAGGCAGCUAAAGAGCACGUCAAUGAGGCUGAAGCGCCUACAGAAGAUGAUGUACCAACACCCAAGGCAGAUGCCGCAGGUGAUGGUGCGGUAGAGGAAGAGCAAGGAGAAAAGGCAUGA